AUGAAAAAGAGAGAUUAGUGCAUUCACCUUGUGAGAGUGCUGAAAUUUCACUCAACCGAGGAACACGCUUAACGGCUUAGGGUUUAUCUCCCCCUACUCCUACCAAUCACUUCUUCAACUCCGUCUCGGUGUCAAACCUGAAGAGUUCAGUUCAUCAGCGAGUCAUCGUUUCAAUAAAGAACCUGAAAUCGCAGGUGAUCAGAAAACAGAACAACAAACCUGUAAGAUCAUAUUCAAUCCUAUCUCUGAUUUCUCAAUUUGCAUUCAAAAUCUACCAUGGAAGAUAGGCUUAGCAGUUUACCAGAGGAACUCAUCUGUCACAUACUCUCUUUUCUCCCAACAAAGCAAACCAUAGCAACAAGCGUUCUCUCAAAAAAGUGGAAACCACUCUGGCGUUCUGUCCCCACUCUGUAUUUCGAUGAUACCAACUCUUCUACCAGAACCAAAGAGGACUGUGCUCGCAUUGUUCAAUCUGUUUAUGCAUUCAUCAACUCCCGAGAUCAACACCAACCUAUCCAAAACUUACGCCUCACAUUCAACGCUCGUCAUUAUGAUCCUACUAGUAUCACUGAAUGGGUUAACGUUGCGGUUGAACGAAAACUUCAGCAUCUUGAUCUUUCCCUCGGUUUACAUCCCAUUAACUUGUCUUCCAUCUUUACUUGCACUACUCUUGUGGUUCUCAAGUUGCAGGGUUUAGUGUUCAAACCGUUUUUGUUUUACUCUGUUAAUCUUCCCUUCCUUAAAGUUCUGCAUCUGCAGCUCGUGUCUUUCUCGAAAUGCGGGUGUCUUGCUCAGCUUCUUUCCGCGUGUCCGGUUCUUGAGGAUUUCAAAGCAAGGUGUACGGUUUUUAAAAACUAUUUUACUGAUAGGGAGUUUAGAACUUUGCCCAAGUUGGUUAGAGCAGAUAUUUCGAUGCGGAAUCCGCAUUUUUUGCUCAUGGAAGUGGUUAAUAAUGUUGAGUUUUUGCGAAUAUCUCAGAUGGAUUUUAUACACCAACAUUAUGGUGAAGGCGCAGGCCCCUACGUUCUCCCCAUGUUUCACAAUUUGACCCAUAUUGAACUUGUCUAUACCAGCUCUGCUAAUGAUUGGUUACAGGUGGUAGUGGAAUUGCUGAAGCAUUGCCCUAAGCUUCAUGUUCUUGUUAUUAAUCAGGAACAUUUUCUUGGAUGUAUGCGUGAUGGAUUUGAAGAAGUAGGAGAUUGGCAAUACCCGCCAUUUGUUCCUGACAACACUCUAUUAUUCCUUAAAAGAUGCUAUCUAAAUGACUAUAGAGGCACCAAAGAUGCAUUAUGAAUGCACAAGAACACAGCAAUCAGAAGAUGAUGGUCAAUGUUCAUGACGUUGGUGAUGGAAAUAUUCACGACAACCAGACUUUAGAUCUUUCUUCUCUUCUUUUCACAAUUUGCGAAGCCCUGGAUCAUCUUUUUUUUGUCGAUGACUUGCGUCAUCUUAAAUCAGUAAUUUUUAGUUCUAUGGGCUAUUGGGAUGUGGAGCCCAAUGAAGUUAGCAUGGUGAAUGUUUUGAUUGUAUGUGCUCAUAGUAGAGACAUUAAUAUGGAUCUACCACCGCAUUUGCAAGGCUGGUUAUGAUCCCUUUGUGUCCAUAA